AUGAAAUUUCGGAUUCAACGACUUCAUCGGAUCGGAAUCCUAGCUCUUAGCCUCAGUGUCUCACUCAUACUGAUCAACUACGUAUGGGAUAAUAGAAACUCUUCAUUUCAUCAGCAGGCCGCUCGAUUCUCGAACGACUCUCUGAGCGAAUCCGUUGCUAUCGAAAACCAAGUCACGAAUACAACACUUGGAUUUGAAAGUAUUAUUGCCAUUAAUCUCGCAGCACGGACAGAUCGUCGAGAUCUUCUGACCUUGAUGAGCUCAUACCAGGGUGUCCACCUCAAUUGGCAGAACGCUGUCCGAGGCACCGAAAUGGACGAGAAAGCGUGGCCAUCGCAUUGGAACACCAGUGGCACGCAAAGCACUUCUGGAGAACUAGGCUUGUGGCGAUCGCACGUCAACGCCUUACGACAUGUCGUAGAGACAGGCUACAGCACCGCUCUGAUUAUAGAGGAUGACGUGGAUUGGGAUGUGUCUUUCAAAAGUCAACUUGUGGACUACGCGCGUCACCUACAGAAUCUCACAGCUCCUGUCGAUUCUUUAACACAGCUGUCGUCCUCGUCAUCAGUUCAAAGUCCAUAUGGUCCGGCCUGGGAUAUGCUGUGGCUUGGUACAUGUGCGAAUCCGCCUGCUCCAAAUGGUACUCUGUGGUACGAUGACCUUGAUGGUCGGCGGCAUGCACUCUGGUACGCAGACGGAGGCUUAGCUUGCACUUGGGGAUAUGCAGUAACAUUGGAAAGCGCAAGAAUGUUGCUUGGUUUCAGUCUGGACCUCAGUGAAGCCUACGAUUUGCAUAUAAGUUCAUUCUGCGAGACACACAACUGUGCAAUUGUUUGGCCCCCUCUCAUCGCCAAUCAUAGGCCUGCUGGCUCACGACGCAAAUUCUCAGACGUUCAACAAGAAACACUCGACUCGAGCGACGUCACGGUCGAGGCAGAAAGUCGUGGCAUUGUUCAUUCUGCGAUCUUGGACAUGCUGAGCAGAAUUUCACCUAAGAAAUUCAGCGCGAAAAGAUAA